AUGCCUCCCACCGAGUUCCCUAUCGAAUUCAACUACAAGAAGCCAGCUGUGCUCCCUGGAAAAGGCAUCGUAGUCCGGCCUAAUUAUCCUACCGAGACAGGCCCCAUAAACAAAGCCUUGGCAAUUGCUAGGAACUCAGAGGUCCCGAAUCUUCUACUUCAAGCAGGCGAAUUGACCUCCGAAGAAGAGAAGCGGAUAUGGUAUCAUCGCUUAAUUAGCAAGGAGGCAAUAUAUGUUGGUGAGGAGGGCUCAGAAACAUGGAACGGAACAUUUCUAGAUGAGAAAGCCGUCUUCGAACUCCCCACUGCCGGUCAGAAUAUGGUCGAUCUGAGAAAGAAGAUUCUCAAGCGUGGGGUGGGAAAAUUCAAAAACCACAGCGCAUUUGAAGGGAUCCUAGCAGGCCGCGACUUCACCAAGGAUAAGCAUAAAGUGCGGAGAUCAUACGUACUAGGACACACUGUCCACCCAGACGCAACAAGCUGUGGCCCAGCGGAGUGUAACGCUGAUAGGCUUAAGCAUCAAGAAGAAAUCGCGGAGGUCUCGAAUCUAAUUUCAAGGAUAGCCCCAAAGGAUCUUCUGAAGAUGGUGACUGAUCGAGCUGCCACAGAUGUCCCAAUGACCAUUGGAUCAGAAGACAACCCAUACUUCACAACUGCACAGUUGAACUUCUCUGAUGGGGAUGAGAUUUCAUUAGAGCUCACUUUAGGCGAAGCUGGAGCGCUACAUGUCGACAGCAAGGAUGAUGCUACACGAUGGACUGUGUUGAUAUCUCUAUCACACAACCCAGAAGGCUAUUGGCCCGGGAGAACAAUGAUCACAGCUCAUCGAGCCUACGCAGUCAUGGCACCAUUCACAAUCCUCAUCUUCAAUGCUGUCAACCCCCAUAUCAGUCUCGGUCCUAUCAAGAUGGCAAACUCCACACGAGCUCCCUACGUCCCCUCGAUUCCUGAAAUCCCCUACCUCGAUCCAACGGUCUACAUCUAUGCUCGUCUUAUGAUCGUCAAUUAUCCUAAGAAAUCUAUCAUGGACGAUUCCCCGAUCUUGGCACGGAACUCUACACCUAUGCUGUUGCGUGGGCCCGACAACCUGAAUGAUUCCCAUCCACAAGCGCUCCCUUCCGCGCUGAUGGCAUUCGGGACACUUCGAAAUCAACAUGAGUGGAUGGCAAUGUCCGAUGCAUUCUGUAAAGCUCGGACACGUUCGUUCGUCGAUGAAGAAAAUGGGAAGGGGAACCAGAAAAGCGGAAAGAUUACCUGGACGGAUGAUCUUGGCUCGACCUUCAAACACAUGAACCUUAAGCUCCGAGAUGACAACAUGGGUAAGAAAGGGAAGAAAAUGAGCCUGCAGGCAGAGUACGGGCCAAAGCCUUUUGCUUGUUUUCAAUGUGCAUCUACGACCAGAUACAGAGCAGCCAGCGUUGCGACUCUGAAAGCACACUUCAAGACGAAGCAUGAAGCGUUUGUGCGGAAAGAUGUUGAGCCGAGCAUGGAUCCAGCCUACAAGAAGCCUCUCGUGGAAGACGUCCUUGGUGAGGGCGAUGAGGAUGCUAUUCUCGAGGAGGAAGCGGUCUUGAACGAGGGUGAGGACAUUGUACCGGAGGCAUUCGAGGAGGAAAAUGAGAAAGCAGAGGAGUCGGCGGAGGAGAUUAAGGAGGACAAGAAGCGAGAUAAGGAAAAAUUGGUAGAGGUACCUAGGACUAAGAAGAGAAAAAUCACGGAUUUCUUCGGGGCACCAAAUUCCUAG